AUGUCUUCCAGAUUACUUAUUUCAAAAAGAUCAAUAACUACCACAAAUAACAACCUUCUGAACACAAUUCAAGUUGCUAAGCCAGAUAAGAUCCUUGGUCUCACUGAAAAGUUCAAUCAAGAUAAAAAUCAAAAAAAAGUCAAUUUAACCGUUGGAAUAUACAAGGAUGCAUGGGGGAAAGUAUCCACACUUCCUUCAGUGGCAUUGGCUCAGAGACAGAUGGGAACUUUAUCGACUUUAAAUUGGAAUUUAUCCUAUCUUCCAAUCGUUGGUUGUGAAAAGUAUCAUCAAAACGUCAAAAACUUUCUCUUCAACGAGUGUAUGAAAGAUUUAAAACACUUUAAUAAUGGUGUCUCAUUUUUCCAAACUUUGAGUGGUACGGGUGCAAUUGCAAUUACAGCUAGAUUUUUAUCAAAAUUCAUUUCUAAUAAAAUUUGGUUACCUAAUUAUUCAUGGGCAAACCAUAUUAAUAUAUUCGAGAAAAAUGGAUUUCACAAUAGCAUAAACUACUAUUCGUAUUAUAAUGAUACGACGGGUAAAUUGGCUGUCGAUAAGUGGUUAAACGAUUUGAGAAUAAACGUCUCGAAGGAUAAAUCAAAUGUUCCCCAUUGCAUAGUAUUACAUGCAUGCUGUCAUAACCCCACGGGUAUAGACCCAACAAAGGAGGAGUGGACGAAAAUUAUAGACACAGUUCAUGAACUGAACAUGAUUCCUAUUAUAGAUAUGGCAUAUCAAGGCUUGGAAUCUGGUGAUGUGGUAGAAGACGCUUACGUCCUGAGAUCAUGUCUUCAGGAUAAUAGAAAAUGGCACAAUGGUCUUUAUUUAUGCCAGUCCUUUGCUAAAAAUAUGGGUCUCUAUGGUGAAAGGGUUGGCUCUUUAAGUAUAAUAACGCCGUAUGAAUCUUUACCGAGCGUCAGAUUGGCAAUUGAUUCACAAAUAAAAAAAAUAAUCAGAUCUAUGUACUCCUCUCCGCCUGGUUAUGGUUCACGAAUAGUAAACACCAUCUUAUCUGACGAAAAGUUAAAGAAACAAUGGUUUAAAGAUGUUAAUUCUAUGGUUAAUAGACUACACUCCAUACGGAACAAGUUAUUUGAGCAAUUGCAUUGGGAUGACUUAGUUGAGUUUGGACAGCAACAUGGUAUGUUUUAUUUUACAAGAUUUACACCUAAGCAAGUAAAUCAAUUGAAACAAAACUAUUCAAUUUAUCUCACUGAAGAUGGUAGGUUAUCUUUGAGUGGCAUUAACGAUUCAAACUUAGACUACGUUUGUGAAGCAUUGAUGGAUGUUUCCAAGGUUAUACAAAAGUGA